AUGUUGAGAGGUGAGUUGCUCGAAUUUGAACAUCCACGGUCGAAUUUUAGCCGCCGUUCUUGUCGCUCUCGCGUCCUGCAUCGCAUUUGCGGCGUUGCCUGACCUCGGCUACCCUCAAUGGACUUGCGACAGUUCUUUAUUCCAGAAGUCUGUUUUGAAAGUGAACUCGAAGGAAAACCUAUUUCAGGAGCAAAAAGGUUCCUACAUCUGUUCAUGGGGUCAGAUUUGCUGAUAUCAAGGUUAUCGGCGCUCUAGGAGAUUCUUUGACGGUAGGUUUUUUUUUGUUAUCAGCUGUGUGAAAGUUCAAGGACAAUCAUUUGUAAGAAUCGCUCUUGAUUUUAACUGCUUGAUUUUUCAGCGUUAAACGGAUGAAAUUGACUAUUUUUCAACAAAUUUUUUAGGUCGCGGAAAAUUGUUCAUUUUGUUUUAAAUUCUGCAUAAAAGUAUAAAGACAAAUGCUUUAAGAUAAAAAAUUCAAAGAAGAAAAUAGCGAGUAGAAUAGUUUGCUCUAGACCGCGACGCUUUGCUGACUCGGACCUUGGUAGCUCGAAACGGACGCGAAUCGGACGUGUCGGGGCAGUUCUAGUGACCCCUUUAGAAGCGUCAGCGAUCUCAAGAGAUCCCUAGAAAUCCCGAGCACGUCCGUUUUGCGUUACCGAGGUCCGAGGACGUUUUUUUGACGCCGUUUCCAUUUUUUGAUAACGCUGUGCCGCGGUUCGGAAUCCUCUGUCAUUAAUGGGACCAAAACUCUUUCUCUGGCCUACACUAUUCCGUUUAUUUUCUUGCAGCUGGAAAACUGUUAUUUUUGAAUGGUCUUUGGAAAAAGCCGUAAAGAUAAACCCGAUUUUUGUCACGUUUUGUAGUCCUGAGGGAAAGUUGAUAAGGUUUUAUUCCCUGAAAAGUGACAAUCUUCUCAGGCCGCGAAUGGAGCUGGAGCUCCCAAGGGCGAUCCUCUUGCCGUGAUUCUUCAGUACAGAGGUCUCGCAUUUCAAAUUGGCGGCGACAAAUCUCUAUCUGAGCAUGUCACUAUCGCAAGUGAGGAUAAUACAGAAAAUGGGAUGAAUAUGUGAUUUCACAGAUAUCAUGAAGCUGUUCAAUCCGAACAUUUUGGGGUAUUCUAACGGAAUCGGGUCUGCUAACGUUUGGGAAGUCAGUUUUUUUCCUACUUCACUUUCAAUAAGUAUUUCUCAGAUUUCAAAGCUGAAUCAAGCGAUUCCUGGAGCAGAGUCAGGCGAUGUUUCAGGUCAGGCGCGAGCUCUGAUUCAAAUCAUCCGAGAUCAUCCUCAGGUGACUGUAUUUUCCAAGAUCCUUUCGCAAUUUUUUUUUCUCAGAUAAGCGUGAAAGAUGACUGGAAGCUUAUCAAUAUUUUCAUCGGAGCCAACGACAUGUGUGCAUACUGUGGUAACAACGGAACGGUGUGAAAAUGUCAUUUUAUGGGACUUUCAUCUUGAUUGUUCAAGGGAGGAAACCAUGCGAAAGCCAAUUUCAAGCAAAACCUCAUCAACGCCGUUCAAAUCCUCAAGGACAAUUUACCUAGGUAAUCUCCAAAAAAAGAAAGGUGCCCUUUAGAGGAAUUUUUUCUAAAGUUUCUUUUUGAGACCUUUUGGACUUUGCCCGUGAGUCCCAAAAGGAACGGAACCUUAUUCCAAAUAAUUUUUAAAUGAGUCAAAAAACGUCGUUUUUUUUAAGAGCAUCAAGUCCACCUUUUCGAAAGCCCGAGUUCAAAAUAACUUGAUUCAGAACUAUCGUCUCCCUAACCGGAAUGUUUGAUAUGGGAAUGCUGCGAAAAAUCGACCACGACAAGUACUUCUGCGACGGAUUGCACGUGUUCGAGUGUCCCUGUGAGAAGAACAGAGGCUUCACCAACGAUGACAUUUCGGCCGCCUGCCAUCUCUACAUGGUUUGAGUGCAAAAAGAAGAAAAACGAAAAUUGGGCUCCAGGACGCCGAGCAAGAAAUUGUCGACUCAGGAAUUUUCGACACAACGGAUGACUUCACCUUUGUCCUGCAGCCUUUCUUCAAUGGUAUCACAGUACCACCAAUGGUACGGUCUCUGAAAAACUGGGAGUUUUCUGGUUCAUUUUCCAGAAACCAGACGGAGAAGUCGACUUGGACUGGUUCGCUCCUGACUGCUUCCAUUUCUCGCAGCUGGGUCAUGCCAACGUGGCUAAGCAUCUCUGGAACAACAUCAUCCAACCUGUCGGAAUGAAGGAUCACAAGGCACCUUGACCAAAAAAGAAUCUUAUAACUGAAGAAUUACAGGUGAACCUCUCCGAUCCCACGAUCCCUCUCCGCUGCCCCGAUACGGUAUCUCUCAUAUUUUUACUCUUUUUACUGUUUCUUUUUCAGAGUUGUCCAUUCUUCCGCACAACGAAGAACAGUGCCAACUGUGCCGCCUACUACCAUGAGUAA